GGAGGGGGAAGGGCGCGGAGGGACGGCCGGUCCCGUCAGUCAGGCAGCGGGAGCCGCCGGGAGCGGAUGGCGGCGGCGGUAGCGGCCCCUCUCGCUGCCGGGGGCGAGGAGGCGGCGGCCACGACCUCCGUCCCGGGCUCUCCGGGACUACCCGGGAGCCGCAGCGCAGAGCGGGCGCUAGAGGAGGCCGUAGCCACCGGGACCCUGAACCUGUCCAACCGGCGCCUGAAGCAGUUUCCCCGGGGCGCGGCCCGCAGCUACGACCUGUCAGACAUCACCCAGGCCGACCUGUCCCGGAACCGGUUCCCUGAGGUGCCUGAGGCAGCGUGCCAGCUGGUAUCCCUGGAGGGCCUGAGCCUCUACCACAACUGCCUGAGAUGCCUGAACCCAGCCUUGGGGAAUCUCACAGCCCUCACCUACCUCAAUCUCAGCCGAAACCAGCUGUCAUCAUUGCCACCCUACAUCUGCCAGCUACCCCUGCGGGUGCUCAUUGUCAGCAACAACAAGCUGGGAGCACUGCCUCCUGACAUCAGGGCCUUGGGAAGCCUGCGACAGCUUGAUGUAAGCAGCAAUGAGCUGCAGUCCCUCCCUGUGGAGCUGUGCAGCCUCACUUGCCUGCGGGAUCUCAAUGUCCGGAGGAACCAGCUCAGCACCCUGCCCGAUGAGCUGGGGGACCUUCCUCUUGUCCGCCUGGAUUUCUCCUGUAACCGUGUCUCCCGCAUCCCGGUCUCCUUCUGCCGCCUCAGGCACCUGCAGGUCAUCCUGCUAGACAGCAACCCCCUGCAAAGCCCCCCAGCCCAGAUCUGCCUGAAGGGGAAACUUCACAUCUUCAAGUUCUUGUCGACAGAAGUUGGGCGGCGCGGGGGGUCUGUGCUGGGGGACCUGGCCCCUUCCCGCCCCCCAAGUUUUAGUCCCUGUCCAGCUGAGGAUUUAUUUCCGGGACGUCGGUACGAUGGCGGGCUGGACUCAGGCUUCCACAGCGUUGACAGUGGCAGCAAGAGGUGGUCUGGAAAUGAGUCAACAGAUGAAUUUUCAGAGUUGUCAUUCCGGAUCUCGGAGCUGGCCCGGGAGCCUCGGGGGCCCAGGGAACGGCGGGAGGAUGGCUCUGCUGACGGAGACCCUGAGCAGAUUGACUUCAUUGACAGCCACGGCCCCGGGGAGGACGAGGAGCGAGGCGCUGCCGAGGAGCAGCGGCCACCGGAAUUAGGCCCUGUGGCAGGGGACGGGGAGCGGGCACCGAGCAGCAGGCGGGAGGAGCCGGCAGGGGAGGAGCGGCGGCGGCCGGACACCCUGCAGUUGUGGCAGGAACGGGAGCGGCGGCAGCAGCAGCAGCAGAGUGGAGUGUGGGGGGUCCCCAGGAAGGACAGUUUUCUGAAGCUAGGGAUCAGGACCCCUGGGGGAGGCGCUGCUGCCCCGUCCACUCAGGCCACCUCCAACGGUGCACCUAAGCCCACUGCCAACCAACCGGGACCUCCAGGGGGGCAGGGAGCCCCUGCCUCUGUCCUCUCCUCCCAAGAGCCCCUUCCUCUAACAGGACCAGCAACAGCACCUGCGCCCCGGCCACUUGGCUCCAUCCAGAGACCAAACAGCUUCCUCUUCCGUUCGUCCUCUCAGAGCAGCUCAGGCCCUUCCUCACCUGACUCUGUCCUGAGACCUCGGCGGUCCCCCCAGGUUCUCGAUGAGAAAGAAUUAAUGGCCCAACUGCGCCAGGUCCUUGAGUCCCGGCUGCAGCGGCCCCUGCCCGAGGACCUGGCAGAAGCUCUGGCCAGUGGGGUGAUCCUGUGCCAGCUGGCCAACCAGCUCCGGCCCCGCUCCGUGCCCUUCAUCCACGUGCCCUCACCUGCUGUGCCAAAACUCAGUGCCCUCAAGUCUCGGAAGAAUGUGGAGAGUUUCUUAGAAGCCUGUCGAAAAAUGGGGGUGCCUGAGGCUGACCUGUGCUCGCCCUCGGAUCUCCUCCAGGGCACCGCCCAGGGGCUGCGAACCACACUGGAGGCCGUGAUGCGGGCGGAGGGCAGCACCCCCCCACCCCUCUGGCCCCCCUCUGGUCUGGGCGGCUUCGUCCUCUUCUACGUGGCCCUCAUGCUGCUGCUCUGUGUCGUCUACACUCGGCUCCUGGGUUCCUAGGACCCGAAGUCAUUCCUGCCCCCCUCCCUGGCCCUGUUUCUAUUUAUAAGACUCCUGCUCAAUGCCCCCCGCCACCAGUGGUGCCUUCAGCCCCCGCCAAAGACUAGUGCGCCCCUCCCUCACAGACUUGACCUCAGAGGCCCCACUCUGGUACCCCCGGACCCUGGGCCCCCCGCCUCUGGCCGCCCUCCUGUAGCCCCUCACCGUGGCCCUCACACUCACUGCUGAUGGUGCCUUGGAGCGUUCUCCCUGCCCCUGUCCCCCUCUGUUCCCCCAGAGUGGGCAGGAGCUUGAAUCCUUCCCUUCCUUGUUGUCCCCUCCCACCCACCUUCCCCCUGGCUUACUCGGGGGACUAAAUUAUCUAUAUUUUGUAGAGAGAACUCUAUAUUUGUAGGAGAUGCAGGGCCCAGGCUGGGCCCCUGCCUCUGUGUAUAAACUGUACAGACUGUG